GGAAGAGCCGGCAGAACACAAGGCAGAAGUCACACGCUCACAUGGAGGCACUAUGGUGGGGAUACUUGCUUUGCUCAAUAGCUGUCAGUGCAGCUGUUACUACUUGUGGCUUCUUCUGCGCCGACUUUCUACACGUGUUGAAGGAGGUGACUCUCUUGGAAGUGAAUCUGGAACAAUUGUUGACAGUCCAGGCCAGCAGCCUCCGUACCGUGUAGAGGUGAAAAGCGACCAUUACGACCUGCCGUCACCCACCCGUCACCCAUCCCACCCUGGCCUUCAGUGGAGUCAAAGGGCCAGACUGCAGCCAGCCAGUGUUGCCUUGCGUAAGCAGGAAGAAGAAGAAAACAAAAGAUCCAAAGCCUUCUCUGACAGCUAUGAAUUGUCAACAGACCUCCAGGACAAAAAGGUGGAGAUGCUGGAGAGGAAGUAUGGGGGCUAUUUCCUCAGUCGGCGAGCGGCUCGCACCAUCCAGACUGCGUUCAGACAGUAUCGCAUGAAUAAGAACUUUGAACGCCUUCGUAGCUCUGCUUCUGAGAGCCGCAUGUCCCGUCGGAUCAUCCUAUCCAACAUGCGCAUGCAGUACUCCUUUGAGGAGUACGACAAGACCCACAACACCCCAUAUUUCCAGGGCAAACCGGUAUCAUUGGACGAAGGGGUAGCUGCAUGUCGUGGGCAGGGGGAGCGAGGUCUUCAGUAUGGGGUCUCCGGCAGCGGUAUUGACGGUGAUUCCAUCAACACCUCAGGGGAAUUUUCCAAUGAAAUCACAGAACUGGAGGAUUCCUUCUCCAAACAGGUUAAGUCCUUGGCCGAGUCGAUAGAUGACGCCCUUAGCUGCCGAUCUAUGCACUGCCCGGAUCCUCGAGACGAAAAGGGAAGCUUAGAAAAAGGAGAGAGCAAGGAACAACACGGAGACAGCACCGCCACGUCCUUCAGUGACGUCACGCUUUACAUGGACGAAGGAGUACCCGUGUCGCCUCUUUCUCUUGACCGGCCUCCGAGCUCCGAUCAAGACACUCCACAAGGAACCAGUUCACGGCAGGAGUACUGGGCUACCUCUUCCUCCCGGGAAGACAGCCGGGAGAACGGUAGCAGAAGGAGCACUCCUUGCAUGGAGUGCCGAGACUUUCGCAUGAGAGGAGCUCAUCUUCCUUUGCUCACUAUCGAGCCCCCCAGUGACAGUUCGGUGGACCUAAGCGAUAGGUCAGACCGAGGAUCUUUAAACAGGCAGGUUGUUUAUGAACAAGAGAACUGCAGCCCGCAUGGGACUCUAAAACAAGCACCUCACAAAGGCCCCCCACGUUCCCCGCAUCCCCAUCGCCAUUAUCAUCCAGAACCUCUGCCUCCCCCGUCGGACCCUGGGGGUGGAAAUAAUGGUACUUUGGUGAGUGUCGGGGGAGGCGGCAUGGGAGGGGUGCGACAUAUGCAUCACGGUAAACAGGAACUCGGGGAGAAUUCUGACGGUGACAAUGAGAGUCUAAACAGCACCACCAACUCCAAUGAAACCAUCAACUGCAGCUCGGGCUCCUCUUCCCGUGACAGCUUACGAGAGCCCCCCAAUACCCUUUGUAAGCAGACGUACCAGAGGGAAACUAGGCACAGCUGGGACUCUCCUGCGUUCAACAACGAUGUGGUGCAAAGGAGGCAAUACCGCAUCGGUCUCAACCUCUUUAACAAAAAGCCAGAAAAAGGAAUUCAGUACUUGAUUGAAAGGGGCUUCCUAUCCGAUACCCCUGUGGGGGUAGCACAUUUCAUCCUUGAACGGAAAGGCCUGAGCCGACAAAUGAUCGGAGAGUUCCUUGGAAACCGCCAAAAACAGUUUAACAGAGAUGUCUUAGACUGUGUGGUGGAUGAAAUGGAUUUCUCAAACAUGGAUCUGGACGAGGCUCUACGCAAAUUCCAGGCUCAUAUACGUGUUCAGGGAGAGGCACAGAAGGUAGAAAGACUCAUUGAGGCUUUCAGUCAGCGUUACUGCGUUUGUAACCCGGCCUUGGUUCGACAGUUCCGUAACCCAGACACCAUAUUUAUACUGGCAUUUGCCAUUAUUCUUCUCAACACGGACAUGUACAGCCCGAGCGUCAAAGCCGAACGCAAGAUGAAGCUAGAUGACUUCAUCAAAAACCUGCGUGGAGUGGAUAACGGAGAGGAUAUUCCAAGGGAUCUGCUUGUUGGAAUAUACCAGAGAAUCCAGGGUCGGGAGUUGAGGACAAAUGACGAUCAUGUAUCUCAGGUGCAAGCUGUGGAAAGAAUGAUUGUCGGAAAGAAGCCAGUUCUUUCUCUUCCGCAUCGCCGUCUGGUUUGCUGCUGCCAACUUUACGAGGUCCCAGAUCCAAAUAGGCCCCAGAGAAUGGGACUACACCAGAGGGAGGUCUUCCUCUUUAAUGAUCUUCUGGUGAUAACAAAGAUUUUCCAGAAGAAGAAGAUUUUGGUGACCUAUAGCUUCCGGCAAUCAUUUCCUCUGGUGGACAUGCAGAUGCAGCUCUUCCAGAACUCUUAUUACCAGCACGGAAUCAAAUUACUUUCCGCAGCCCCCGGAGGCGAGAGGAAGGUCCUAAUUAUCUUCAAUGCUCCAAGCCUCCAAGAUCGCCUGAGGUUUACCAGCGACCUACGAGAGUCCAUUGCAGAAGUUCAAGAAAUGGAGAAGUACAGGGUCGAAUCGGAACUAGAGAAGCAAAAGGGGGUAAUGCGGCCCAAUACUUCUCCCGGGCCAGGGAUGAAGGAGGCUGUGAACGGCACUCUGGGACGACCAAGCCUGGACGACUCAUAUGCACUAGGCGAAGGAUUGAAGAGAAGCGCACUAAGCAGCUCAUUAAGAGAUCUCUCUGAUGUCGGUAAGAGAGGAAGGCGUAACAGCGCUGGAUCUCUGGACAGCACCAUUGAAGGAUCUAUCAUUAGCAGCCCUCGUCCUCAUCAGCGACUUCCGGCCCCUCCACCUCCUCCUCCUGAAGAGUACAAGACUGCUAGGCCAGUCUCCAACUCUUCCUCUUUCCUUGGCUCUCUGUUUGGAAGUAAAAGAGGAAAAGGACCCUUCCAAAACUUGCCUCCGUCUUCUUUGCCACCUCACCCCCUCACUCCGCCGGGAAUUGACGGACCAUCCAAGAUCCAGGCUCUUCACGCCCAGUACUGCCACAGCCAGGGGCCUCUAGCUCAGCCCCCCCCACCCUAUCACUCUCAGCCGCCAGCCUCUGCGCCACCUCAGCAGCCUCCUCAGCCGCCUUCUCAUCGUUACCACGUGCCACCGUCUUCGGCUCAGUUCACGCUGCAACGUCCAAACCAGCAAAAGAGACCGGCAGCUGGAGGGCCACCCCUGACUCCCAGCUCCCCCCACCCACAAUACACCCUGCACGGCAGACACCCAUCCAACCAGCCUCAGUCCCCCUUACCCAUGUAUGGAUCCGCACCCCAGCACAACAUGACGCACACCUACCCCCAGCACGUACAACAGUCAAUGCAGAAACAGCCCCCCAAGCACUUUGUUUUUACGCAUCACCCCUCCCAAAUGCCGCCUCAACAGCAGCGCCCCGCACAGUCCCAGUAUAUUCCACAACAUCCGAUGCAGCACGGCCAGCAUAACCAGUCUCCCUGCUCGCCGUUGUCUCCUAUCCCGCCACAUCCUUCUUACCCUCCUCUUCCACCGCCAUCUCCACACACGCCUCACACACCUCACACUCCGUUGACUCCUCAUUCUCCUCUGCCCCCAACAUCCCCUCUGCCCCAGCACGCUUCCCAUCAUCCCAUGGGGACAAAUGUAUCCCAAGGCAACCCUAAACAAAAACCAGUCAACAGAAUCAGCACAGUGGUGUGAAAGCCCG